UCUCUAUCUCACAUAUUUUCCGCGAACUCGAUCGGCAUCGGCAUACCCACUCGAGGGGGAAGAAAGAAAGAAAGAAAGAAAGAAAAACCCACAACGACGAAAUUCCCUCCGAUUUUUCCUUUACUCUUCACAACCACAAUUCUCCCUGCAAAUUCGCUCUACCAAACCCAUCCCUUUACACCUUCUCUCUCCUUUUCCCUUCACAUCCUCUCCUUCGCGCCGAAAUUAAUUAGGGUUUCUCUCCUUCCUCCGGUAAUUCCAUCUCAUUCCCUUUUUUCUCUUCACGCUCUCUCAUAUUCUUUUAUUCUCUUCCUUUUCUUUCUGUUUUAGAUUUUCAAUCCUCGUCCCAAUUAUCGGGUUUACGAGAAAAAAAAACAAAAAAGAUAGUUGAAAUUUCGUUUUAGUUUUCGUUCUGUGCAAAAAAACAAAAUACGAUUCUAUUUUUCGUCAUCUGAUUCCAUUCUAGCUGUUUUUUUUUUUCUUCUCUUUUUCCUUAAUUAUUAUUAUAAAUUGGUUCUUCAUCAUCUCAAGAAACUCUGUGAAGUUUUUGGUGCUUUGUUUUAGUUUGCAAUCGGAAAUCGAGGGUUUUCUUGUUAGAUCUCUUCCACUUUUCAUUUUUUUUCCUGUGUUAUUUUCCACGUUAGAACCAAAAAGAAAAAAAAAUAAGAAAAAUCGUUGUUUUGAAUAGAAUCACCCCUGAAAAUAAGUAGGGUUUGUGGUUGAUUUAUUUAGUUAGGGUUUGUAUAUAUAUUGGAAAUUGGAAAUACAUGAUAUGGCGUUGAAUUUCUCUCAUCGAUCAAUUUUUCCCGGUGGUGUGUCUGAGGAUAAUUUGGUUUCUCCGAUGAGAAUGGGGAAUGGAUACCGAGUAGAGGGUAGUGGUAGUGGUGAUGGAUUUGGUAGUGGUAGUGGUAGUGGUGAUGGAUUUAGUAAUGGAUGGCAUGAUGUUGAGAAUUGCUUUGAUUAUGGAAUGGAUAGAUGUGAUAGGGGUGCAGGUUCCACUCAGGAUUCAGCCUCCAAGGGAGACAUUAUCGAUCGGUUGCCUUCGGAUCCUUUUGGCAUGGACAUCAGCACUACCUUCACAGCCAUCACCGGAUGGCUGGAGGAUUUAGAUUUCGAUUACAGUGGAUAUCGCGGAGAUGAGCUUGGGUCAAGCGGUGAUAAUUACCCUUUGUUUGCUGGGUUGAAUUUCAUUUGGAAUAAUGCUGUGAGGUUCCACACGUUUCCCCAUGGGGAAAAUGCGUUCAUUGAGGACAACAAAUUUCAAUUUGAAGGAGUGAGUGGAUUCGGUGAGUGUUCUCAAAGAGAAGUUGGAGAAGCAUCCUGCAGCAGCUUUGGUUAUGGAUCUUCUAGUGACAUGGAUGGUGUGUUGGGUUUUGGUUCUGAAUAUAAAGAUGUGGCUAUUGCUAGUGUGUCGGGUGACACAAACAUGGAUGAUGUGAAAUGCCUUGAAGGAGAUAUAAUCUCUCCUCAUUCAUCUAUAAUUUUUUCUCUUAGUUAUCUGGGUUUGUCUGAUCUUCUUUCAGUUGAGAGAGUAUGUAAAUAUCUGCAUUCAUAUGUUCGAGGCGAGUCGUUUCUGUGGAAAAGUAUCCACGUUGGCCAGCCUUUAAAUGAAAGGAUCACUGAUGACAUUCUUUUGGAAUUGGCCAAUAGAGCUCGAGGUGGUCUUGAGUGCUUGAGCCUGGUGGAGUGUAGUAGGAUAACCGAUGAUGGUCUGAGGCGUGUUCUUGAAGCCAAUCCCAAAAUAAUCAAGUUGAGCGUCCCUGGAUGUACAAGACUUAGCGUUGAAGGUAUUGUGGAUAUGUUAAAAGCUUACAAUUCUAUGGGUACACAAGGGGUAAAGCAUUUGCACAUAGGUGGCCUUUAUGGUAUUACACAAAAGCAAUUUGAUGAACUGAACUUCUUGUUGGGCACUGACACUCAGCUGCAGCAGCAUCCUCACAAACCACACUUCUAUUGCCGUGGAAACUUGUAUCUGACCUGCGAUGAUGAUCGAGCCAUAGAUAUUGAAGUUUGUCCCCGAUGUCAGAAUUUAAGGCUUGUAUAUGAUUGUCCAGCAGAAGGCUGUCAAGGGGUGGUGGGGCGUACCACUCAGGUGUGCAGGGCAUGCACUCUUUGCAUACCGCGAUGUAGUCAAUGUGGCCGCUGCAUCAAUGACAGCGAAUAUGAAGAAACAUUUUGUCUGGAAUUGCUUUGCUGUUCUUGUUCUCAGUAUCUGGUCAAAUGUUUAGGAAGGGUGGAUGGGAAGGUUGCGACAGUCAGCUCAGUUCCUCGCAAACAAAGUUAGGGUGAGUAUUUGUGUCAUAUAUUAUCAUACAGAAGUCUUUAUGAGGAAUAUAGUCCCUGUUAAUGUCGUAUGAAAUGCUGGGUGCUGCUGGACUUGUUUGGCUUUCUUUGUAUUUGGUGGAGAUUUUCCUGUUGAGAAGGUGGAAAUCGAUUUCCUUUUUGUGUCUCUGCUGCUACUGAAGUGAACUGCUGGAACCAAAUCAAUUACUAUGGUUACGGAUCGCUUACUACAUAGUUACAAUGAGUUUUUGAUUAUGUUACACUCUGUGAUAAUGGGGGCUGCAGUCGGAGCAGAUUGGGUUCCUCUCCAGUUCCGGUUGGGUUCCUCUCUAGUUAAUGGAUGGUAUCUGUAGGUGGCAAGGAUCCACACUUAAUUUGAGCGAUAUGCAAUGCAACCUUUCUUAUUGGGUCACUUUCAGAUUAUAUAUUUGUGAUUGUUCUAUUACUUUACCAGUUUGAAUUACUUCUAGACUUCUGGUUACUUCUUCAUUAACUGUUUCCAGGUUGGGGUGUAUGUACCCUGUUUAUUCUUUUUCCCAUAUUUGGAUAAGAGGGAAAAAAAAAUAAGUGGUUAUUGUGGUGAUGUCUUUGAAUCUAUGCUUACAUUAAUUUAGCCUGUAUCGAGUAAAAUUCAUUUGUGACUUUGGAGCUUAUAAUUAAUAUCUUUGAUUUUUUUAGUCAAA